UGAGCUCAUCAUCUCUCAUCCGCUCGUGCCAUGCCGAUCUCAAUCUGGUGGCUGGUUGCGGCCAACCGAUCGCACCGCGCCUGAGGCAGCCACACGCACCUGCGAGUUCCUGGCCCUCGCCUCUUCAGUCUUCACGAAUGUUCAGACCGGGACAGGCAGGCAGGCCGCUUCACUAGCCUGACGGACGGAUAGGACACGAGCCGCGCCGCUGGCUGCGAGCAAUGGAAGCUGCGGCAGGGUCGGAGAAGGGUGCCAGCCCGAGGAAUCCGGCGGAUGCAGCCGCCGCCGCGGAGAAGGGUGCCAGCCCGAGGAAUCCGGCGGAUGCAGCCGCCGCCGCCGCCGCCGCCGCCUUCGGCGAGGAGCAAGAGGCGCUCGUGCUCAGCGCGUGGAACGCCAUGAAGGGCGACUCGGCGUUGCUUGCGCUCAAGUUCUUCCUGAGGCAGUUUAUUCAUUCUGUUGCCUGGUGCUUGAUACGCCGCACCAUGAUUGAUCUUUCUUCGCGGAUCCGGGAUCAGUCCCGAUCGCUCCAAGGCACGCAAAAGUCUACAUAAUUCUCCGGUCAAAAAAAGAAGAAGAAAAGACAGUUUUGAUCUUCCACGGCGUGCAGUGGGUGUGGCGAGCACAUGGGAAUCAUCUCGAUAGCUUAGUAUUUGGGGAUCAAUCCCUUCAAAAAAAAAGUAUUUGGGGAUCAGAAGAUGCCCCUGGCUCGCUCGCACGGUGAAGGGCCACGCACCUCUCUGUUCUACUCUACCCAUCCUAGAGGGCCACAAUGCAAGCUGCCUAUAUAAACGAUCAGAUCUUGGCGUGAUGGAGUAAGUAGCAUUACGCCAAGCAACAUCAGACAGUAGCAGUAGCUAGACAGUAAUGGGUUUCAGCGAGGCUCAGGAAGAGCUCGUCCUGCGCUCAUGGAAAGCCAUGAAGAAGGACGCCGAAUCCAUAGCUCUCAAGUUCUUCUUCAGGAUCUUUGAGAUCGCGCCGGGCGCCAAGCAGAUGUUCCCCUUCCUGCGCGACGCCGGCGACGCGCCCCUGGAGAACCACCCCAAGCUCAAGGCGCACGCCGUGGCCGUCUUCGUCAUGGCUUGCGAGUCCGCGACGCAGCUGAGGAACACCGGCGACGUGAAGGUGAGGGAGGCGGCGCUGAAGCGGCUGGGCGCGACGCACGUCAAGGCCGGCGUCGCCGACGCGCACUUCGAGGUGGUGAAGACGGCGCUGCUGGACACCAUCCGGGACGCGGUCCCGGACAUGUGGACGCCGGAGAUGAAGGCGGCGUGGGAGGAGGCCUACGACCAGCUCGCCGCCGCCAUCAAGGAGGAGAUGAAGAACGCCGCCGCCGCCUGAGUUCGUCGUGAAGACCUUAACACUCUGUCACACGCAUCCCCUGCUGCUGCGAAGAACGCGCGUUGCUGGGGAGAGCUUGGAGCUGCCACUGCUGCUGGCUGCUGCUACUCCACGAAGAUGUCGCUACUACUAGAGUACUAGUCCACUACUGUGUUCUGUUUUGUCAAGUGCCAGCCACGUCAUUGAUGAAUAAAACUUAAUUGUACACAAUUCAGAAAAAGAAAACUUAAUUGUACAACA